AUGCGUCCAACCGAGAACAACGAUCGGAAGAAGGAGAUGUCGGCCCUAACAAUUCGGUCGGCUGUUGCCAAUAAUGUCAAGAAAGUCGUCGAGGAAGAGAUGGAUCAAGGCCGGCGUGUUAGCUCGUCUGUCCUCGCUCGUAUGUUGAGCAAUGCCGACAAAGCGUGGGCUGAGUAUUGCCACAAAACCGGCAUUGACCGGGACACCCCCUUGGGCACCCCUCUUCUUCCUGACGACGGAUCGGGCGAAGAAUAUGAGCGUGCUGGAUGGUGCUGCCUGCCAAAAGACCGGACUGCUGCUUCGUUCGUCUGUCAGCAUGGCAGAUACUAUCCGCUACAGCGACAGUCGAAGAGGAAGGAGGCCACGCAGCCGGCACUCGAUACCUGGUCACAACCGUAUGCUACAAGUAGGCACUCAUAG